AUGCACACACAUACCAAACCUCUAGGCCAGCGGAAGGUUUCUCCUCCUGGGCCGACUUUCAUGUCGAAUGACCAGAUGGCGAAUUAUUUAAAAGACCUACGAACAAAUAAACCAAGUCGUCCUAUUGGAUCUCGCCCGAUUCCAGGCAGGUCAGCGGUGUCGACUUCCAAUCUUCAAGAUAACCUUCCUCCCCGCGCAGCAUCUGCCUUCUCCAUGUAUCGACAACCCGACAGCCCCCCCGAAGAGAAUCCUCGUUCGGGUAGCGCUAUGUCUCACCGUCGAUCAACGUCACAGACCCCAGAGGGUGGGCCGUCGGGCCGUCCAUUAGCACAAGAGCCACGGUCGAUUUCCGUUCGCAAGAACGUGUUCCCUUCGCAAGUGUUUUCGCGUCCUGUGGCCGUGGCCGCGUCACCAGUCCCGUCUUAUCGAGAGAGUCGCCAGCGACACCAGGAAAAGGAAGAAGUGCGAUCUUUACGUGACGCGUUACAGGAGGUGGGUAUCGAGGAUGACGUGCGCAUUCAUCACGCUGCCCAGGAUGAGGCUACGGAGUUAGUGUGGAUGCAUCAGAACCCUGGUCAACAAUUCAAGAACCCAUAUGCGCCAUACCGGAAUCCGGAUACCAACAGGGACGGAUCCGUCCGUUCUCCGUCUCGAAAGAACUCUGAGUCUUCCAACACCUUCCAACAUUCAAUUGCUUCGCCGGGAUCUUCAAGUGGUCAUUCAAGCCCGGAGUUCGCAGAUAGCCGUGACUCGAAAGAGCGGAAGCGAUCGUCCAUGGCUGGCACUUUGAAGAAGAACCUCAAGGUCAACUUUGCAUUGCCCGGGGAGGAACCGCUCCAGCCCGUUGUCGAUGCUGAACCCAAGCCUCGGACAGUUAGCGGAGACUCCUCAAAGGGCGUUUUCAGGAACCCGGAUGAUCACAUCUACGAAGAGCCCAGCGACCCAGCUAAAGAGAUAGCGGAAGUCAAGCCUGACUUCUCCAGGUCUGACUCCUCGGCUUUGAAAAAUAAGCCGCGCAACGCUCUUCCACGUGCAACAAAGCCUCUGCCUUGGCUGCGUGAUCGCAAAUCAGGUGGUUCCGUGCAGGACAAGAUCUCCCGGUUCGAUAUUCACAAGAACACUCCCACCCAAUCACACAGCCCUAGUUAUAUUAGGAACGCUCCAGCUCCGUCGCCGCCUCCUUCUCAGGCCCAACCACCUGUUCCCACGAGAGAUGGCAAAGAGAUUCGAAGUGAUGACAUCCGGGCAGCCACGAGCAAAAGACUGGCCGACAGAAGCGAGAAAUUGCCUAUGCCAUCAGCUGUCAGCGAUCGAUUCGGACGCCCAAUCGUGAGUUUCGACCCGAAAUGGCAACCUAGUGAUCAACCAAAGCCCGUUCGCCAAAACUCAGCGCCAGCUGCUCCGGUGCCCAUCAUUGAGAUUGCAGCGCCCACAAUCGAAGUGUCGGAGCCGCCGCCGCCGAUUCCAGUUAUCAGCGUGCCCGACAUCAAGGAGCCGACCAUCGCUGAGUACAGCAAACCCACCCAGCAGCAACCCAAGUCUAUGCGACCCCUGCCGUCAACAAAUGGUUACAGCCGACAGGUUGCCCCAAGAAGCCAGGCGCAAGAUGCACAGAACCGCACGUAUACCCCAUACACUCGGUCUGGCGUUCCGACUGCCAGCUGCGAGGCCUGCUCCCACGGUAUCUCUGGAAAGAUCGUGACUGCUGGCGGAUGCAGAUUCCAUCCGGAAUGCUUCACCUGUCAUCAUUGCCAGACUCUUCUUGAAUGUGUUGCCUUCUACGAGGAGCCUGUAGCCAGCCGGGACGAAAGACGUGCGAAUCACCCAGAAGAUGAUGACGGAGUCCCGCGAUUCUACUGCCAUCUGGAUUUCCACGAGAUGUUCAGCCCCCGCUGCAAGAGCUGCAAAACCCCCAUUGAAGGCGAAGUUGUAGUCGCGUGCGGUGCUGAAUGGCACGUCGGCCACUUCUUCUGCGCUGAAUGUGGUGAUCCCUUCAGCUCUACAACACCCUUCGUUGAAAAAGACGGCUUCGCAUGGUGCCUCCAAUGCCACUCUCGCCGCACCGCUUCCCGCUGCCUAGGCUGCAAGCAGCACGUCCUAGACGACGUGGUCAUCACCGCCAUCGGCGGUCAGUGGCACGAGCGUUGCUUUGUCUGCCACGAAUGCGGCGACGACUUUGGCUCCGAGGGACGUUUCUUCGUUCGCGAGGGCGAGCCAAAACGCACAGCCAAGGGCCGUAUCAUCGGAGGUCCCGUGCAGCUGGCGAUUUGCGAACGCUGCGAGGGAAUUCGCCUCAAGGCACCGGGGAUGUGUUAA